AUGACAGAACCGCCAGUUCCCCGUCGCAUCUUUGUCUUUGAUCAUCCACGUACUGUGUCUCAGAUGUUUCACAGGUUGUUUGCAAACCAUGAGGAACUUGAGAACAUCUUCCAUCCUUUCAUGGGCGCUUCUAUGUACGGGCCUGAAAGGAUACAACUCACUCUCAAACACUGCAGUGUUGCAGAAGAUGCACAAGAAGAUUUAGCCUUCAACGCUCAUAUGGAGAGAGAGACUUAUCAGGUAGCGGCUCAGCGUCUCACAGAGUCAAUUGCGACAGCUGAGAAGAAGGCGGACGUGUUCAAAUUGCAAACUGCCGACGAAGAUUUCGCAAUAUACACCAGUUUCCGAUGGUUACGGAUCAUCUUUGAUUCUUAUCGAGAGUUCUACUCGGAGAACGAUGAUCUCGUCCCUCCAUACUCCAGCUGCAGUACGAUCGACGGCACGAAAGAAAAGCCUAUCUGGCCACUUGUAAUAGACGCUGAAGAUGUGGUAUACAGCACUCAAGCCAUUGUGUCAAAACUUUGUGACAUCUGGCAUAUCGAUUCGAGCGGGGUUCAGUAUUCAUGGAAAGCUACUCCAAAGGAAGAACGGCCUAAAGACAAGAUAAUGUGUGGAUUCUUUGACACGCUUCUGAGCUCUACGGGGGUGAUACAAGGGAACAAACGUGACGACAGGUCUUUGGACAUUGAUGAGGAAACGGUGAAGUGGACGGCGGAAUUCGGAGAACAGGUGGCUGCUGAUCUGAGGCGGUUUGCAAUAGCUGCGAUGCCAGAUUAUGAAUACUUGAGGCAGUUCUGUCUUUGUGCCGCUCGAGGUUAUACUUAG